CUUAACACGACCCUCAUGCAGCAUCGGUAGCCCAGGCCAUCGACGAAUUUGGGAUUCGCUUCCCAGAACCAGCGUCCAAGAGCUGUCAGCACAAGCAUCUUCUCAUUGCAUUUACCGCUAUACUUCUCCUCCAUUUGGGCAAUACCUUGAUGAAACCGUUUUUCAUGUUCAUUUUAAACUGACCAGAAGUUAAAAGGACACCCGAAACAAUGAAGAUCUGGCUACUGCUUAUAUUGUUGGGCUACACCGAAUCCGCCAGGAUCUUGGCCUUCUUCCCCAUAGCAGGCAAAUCGCACCAUUUUUUCUUCAGGCCGGUAAUGGCUGCUCUAGGCAGGAGAGGGCACGAGGUGGUCUACUACACGGGGUACCGUUAUGAAGGAACUGUUCCACCUGGAAUCCAACAGGUGGAUUUAUCCGAAGACUUGCCUAACUUCCACUCUACCGUAAAUGUGAUGGAUUUAAUCAACGUUGGUCUCAUCGACCACAUGAAACAGCUCUUUGGAUUAUCUUUUUCCUUAUCACCAUUCAUUUUGGAAAGCCCGAAAGUGCAGAAACUGAUACACUCAGAUGAAAAGUUUGACGCCGUGUUGGUUGAGUCAUACGUCCUUCAGGAAUACCUGUCUGCUUUUAUACACAAGUUCAAUGCAGUGGGAAUUGAUAUUGUUUCCUUAGGUGACUCCGGAUGGAUGAACGAAUUGGCUGGACUGCCAGACAAUCCUGCCUACCAAGUAGACUUCAAAUCAGAGUUAACCCAAAAUAUGAACUUCGGGCAGAGAGUGUACAACAUGUACGUGUAUGCGGUGACCACUAUCGGAGGUUACUAUUACAUGGGCCAAAUGGAAAGAUUUGUCGACCAGUAUUUCAACUACACGGGUCACGAGAGCAGGCCUCCGUUCAUGCAACUGUUGUCUAACCGAAGUCUCAUCUUGGUGAAUUACCACAAUGUCGUGGGUUACCCUGUGCCAAGGCCACCCCAUAGGAAGGACAUUGCUGGUGUUACUAUCACUCCUGCGAAACCUCUGCCUAAGAAAAUCCAAAAAGUUCUGUAUGAAGCGGUAAACGGUGUCAUAUACUUUUCUCUAGGAUCUAAUGUAAAUGUGUCCGAUCCCGUAAACAGAAAGCUUGUUGAUGCGUUUAUGAAGGUCUUCGAAAAGGUUCCUGAAAAAGUUCUUAUGAAGUGGGAGGCGGCCACGUAUGAGGGAAAACUUCCGAAAAAUGUUCAUUUGGAAAAAUGGUAUCCCCAGCAAGAUGUCUUGGCGCACAAUAACACCGUUCUCUUCAUCACCCACGGUGGCUACUUGAGUCUUGUAGAGGCUGUGCACUUCGGCGUUCCCUUAAUAUGCAUGCCCUUCUUUGUAGACCAAACAAAGAAUUGCCGCUUCGCUGAAGAAGCGGAUCUGGGAAAAAUGUUAAGGUUAACCGAAGUAAACUACGACAAUGUAUCAAGAAUACUGAAAGAAGUUCUAUCGAAUAAAACGUACCAAGAAGAAAUGACAAGAAGGUCUAAGAUCUUCCGAGACAGGGCUGUGGAACCUCUUGAUGAGGCGGUAUUCUGGAUUGAGCACGUCAUCAAGUAUCCAGACGUUCUUAAGCCGAAAGCAACCAGCUUGUCAUUCAUCCAGCUGCACCUGAUAGAUGUUAUGUUGUUCAUCAUCGGUGCUUUCUUAGCUGUUGUGAUCGUAGCUUGGAAGACAAUUUCGAUUUUAAUGAGGAUGUUGAAAGGGAAAUAUACGCCUAAAAAAGUGAAAAGUAGCUGAUAGCUUUUAUAGAUUAUUGUUAUAUGAACUAAUCAAUGACCAUGAGAAAAAAAAAGUUCUUAAUAGAUCUUGAAUUGAGGUGAAUGAAUAAAUCCUCAAGUGUGAUAUUUUAGAGUUUUUAUGACUGUCAAUCGAUGAUUUUUAAUAUGUUCUUUAUUCUACUGUUUUUGAGGAAUAAUAGAAAAAAAUUGCUAUAGAUUCAUUAAAUAAUUGAUCAUCAAAUUGAAUAUUAAACUUCUGAUCUAUAAAAUUCCAUAAGAUAUUCUGCAAAGCAUGUAAAAUGUAAUAUUAAUAUUGAAAAUUUUAACAUUUAAAGCGAAUAAUAAAUCGCCUAAUUAAUAAACUAGAGAAUUAUUUUCACGACCGUAAAGUAUUAAUUUUAUUGGUCAACUAUUUUGUAAAUCUUUAUUUUUAUCUUUAAAUGAUAAAACGAAAUUGUUUGUAACGUUUAUGUUGGCUCAUGGCUUAUCAUUUGUCAUUCGGAGGAAGGUAGACAGUGUUAUCAUUAACUUGUUAUUAUAUCUUAAGAGACUGGUAAUCGUUGAUCAUUUGGAGGUCAUUCUAUAUGAUAGUUUUAAAUGUACAAUGUUUUAAUUUACAGUAUUCUAUGUAAAUAUAUUGUUUUACCUUAUGUAUAUAUUUUAUUGUUUUACAAAUAUAAAUAGUUUUAUUUGUUUAUUUAUUGGUUCUCCUAAUUCGACGUAUAAACUU